UUCUUUUUAGUGGUUCUUUCUGGAAGUAAAGCAGCUCUUCCCGACGUAGGGAGCUGUACAUUCAUGGAGUAUUACUGUGCGGCUCGUAAAUGCAGCACCAAUUUCAUUAAAGGACUUCAGAGAGAUCCUAAUGGAAGUUGCAGGUACAGUAUCAAGGUUGUUUCGGAAAGAAUGCCAUAAGUACGUUUUUUUCGGUGUCUUGUACAGUGGUUAUCGCAGAUUCGAUCGUUCCCCACACUAACACAUUAUGGCACUUAAGCAACUACGACGACGACCACAACGACGUCUUCAAAAAACAAUAGGUUUAAUGAUGAAAACAACAGCUCUGCACGUGCAUCAUGCUUUUUAGUACAUUUCUUUCACGUCCACUGCACGAAUACGACUUGAAACCUCCUAAUUUGCUGUUUUAUGGAGGAAGUGGACAUGCGACGACGAAUUUUCCUUCCUCUUUUUAAACCUGAAUGAAAUCCUUAAGAAUUCAACUCCAGGAAAAGUUGCCUGUAUUUGACAUAUUGAGCGGGUCCAAAUAGACGCGAUUAAGUUUGCAAGAACGCUAAUUCAUUUUUUUUGCCGACCUUUUCACUGCUGUCGUCGUCGUCCUUGCUUAAGGUUCCUGUUGUACCCAGAGUCGUCAAUGUUUAAUCCUUAGCGAACUUUUUGCUGUCAAGUUGUUAUUGUAUCGAUCGCUUUAAUUUGGUUUAAGUCAAAUCCCGCUUUAUGAGCAUCCACUCAAUGUGAACACCUCAUUAUUACGAACAGUUUUCGUUGUCGCUGCGGAAAGCCCCUUCAUUAUUUCCUAAAGUCAACCCUUUCAAUACGGACACCCCGUUAAUAUGGAAAUUGAUCGGGCUAAAGAAAGUGUCCAUAUAAAAGAAAGUGUCAGACCACCCUUUAUCCAUACCACACACAUAUAACUCGGCUCAGUGGGAGGAAAAGCUCGAAACUGGGAGUAUUUGGUGUUUGUCUUAAGGUGAUGUUCAGGGGCGUAUCCAGGUUUUUUUUAGGAGGGGGUGCACUCGUCUCUCGCUCUACUUCAACACCAAUAAACCACACAGUUUUUUUUUUUGCAGAAUACCAGUUGUAUUAGAAAACCGCAGGUCGUCUUGGGGGGGGGUGCGCACCCCCUGUACCCUCCCCCUAGAUCCGCCCCUGAUGUUACACGAGACGAUUUGCAACGACGAUUUUUAGCGCAAUGCAGCGUGGCAACAUUGCUGCGACAUUGUUUCGAAUGGUUGCAACAUUGUCCCAACAUUGCCAAGUUGUGUUGGGCUGAAAAUCGUCGUUGCAAAUCGUCUCUUGUAACAUUAUCUUUAGCGAGAGUUGACUGUAGGCCAAUUCACAGUGCUUAUAUUACCUCACCAAUACUUGUUAUUUUAUCAUCUGUCGCUUAAUAUUAUUCAUUAACUAUGAACUUACAUGUAGUAAUGGUAAAUUUUCCAUGUUGAAUUCUCAGCGCAAAGUUCAAUGUCCUGACCAGCUGUGCAACCAAGUCGGCUCAGUCUUGUGCCGGAAGUGUACUGUCUAAAAGUCAGAUCGACAAUAUUAUCCGCGAGAGCUAUAAAGAAAAUAUCAUGUGUCUUGAAGGUGGAAACGCGAUUCCAACCAUGCCGUCGAUUGGCUCGCCAUGUGCGCCAUCGUUCAGCACUGAUGCAGACAACUGUUUGAGAACCUUUCAUGAAAAGUUUGCUGCAAACAAGGCGGACCCGGAUCUGUGCUCGUGAGUUAAAUCUUUGAUUGCAUCUAUCGUAUCCCUAAGCUAUUGGCAACCAUCGCUCUAAAUUUAGUGCUUCUUGAUGUAGUUAAUAACCCCACCCCCCUCUCUUUCUCUCUCCUUCUCUCCCCCCUCCACACACACAUACACACACCCUUCUACUUUGUUCCGCCUCUACUUCAAUCUUAAUAAUUGGACAUUGUGAUUGCCCUUUUUCAAUUUCAACAGGGAAAAUGCCAAAGCAAAGAAGUGCAUGAAGAAUCUGAUAGCGUCGGCUUGUACCUUACCGUCUACUGUACAAGAAAUGUUAGAUUUGGCCUUCAGUGACUACAAUCCUUUCUGCAAGGACAAUCGAGACCCGGGGGCGAUUGGUAAUGACCAGUGUUACGGUUACAGCGGCAGUCCUGCAACCGCUGUGAUGAAUAUGGGCGUUGCAAAGGCUCUGCUGUUUUAUUUCCUGUUUCUGUUUUUCUUUGUUUAG